UGUCUCUCACCCUAUUCUGUACUCCUGCCCUGCUGUCCACACGGAAAAAAUAUUGCUCGCUCCCUUCCUUUCUUCUACUGCUCUCUCGCUCUCUCGUUCCUCUUUGACUUUCCCUUUUACUUUUGCAAGGGGAGGAAACUUGUCUCCCUCUCUCUCUCUCUCUCUCCCGCUCUCUCUACUCCUCGUUCUCACAGUCGUUGUUAGCGGCCUCAUUACUUUUCUGCUUUCCUUUUUACUUUUUGCCCUGGAGGAAAUCUCUCGCUCUCCCUCCCUCUCUCUCUCUCUCUCUCUUUUACUGUCAUUGAACCGAAUGUGGCACGACCCUCUGGAUCGCUAAUCUUUGACACCGGGCUGUAGCUGUGAGCCAGGACACCAGGAACCCUACUCCAAUCCACCCGCGUGUUCCUCCCUGCCACCGCGUAAUUAGAACUUCCAGGGACGACCACCCGACGUUUCCAUGACGACCACCUGCCUAACAAUAACCGCAACCAAGUUUUUUUUUUUCUUCCCCACCGGAGCGAGCGAAAGCCAACUUCUAAUCCACUCUGUGUGUGUUUGACACGAGAGAUCGACAUCAGAACAGAGAUGAAGGGGGACAUGGGCGAGAGCGCGACAGUCCGAUGAUAGGGAGGGAGAGAGAGAAAGAGAGAGAGAGAGAGAGAGAUGAAGAGCUCCUCUUCCUUAGGUUUGUUAUGUUAGCCGCCGUUAUCGCAAGAUGUAACGGACGCGCACACGCAGGUUCUCUCCUUUGGAGCACUGUCGUCCCGCCACAACUUUGUUCAGCUUUCUUUUAAGCAUUCAAAAACUUUUUUGGACUACAGGGGGGGGGGAAACUAGAUCGGCUUAAUUCAUUUCCAGCUGACCAAUGGUCUUUCUCCUCGUUGCUGCUGGGUCCUUUUUUCUGCUCCAUCAGAGCACUUUGUUCCUCUGAGCACCCUGUUCCCUCUGAGCACAAUGUUCCUCUGAGCACUCUGUCCACUCCGAGCGCUGUUCUUCAGUAUCCGAGGAACGGGACAGAACAAUGGCAUUGGAACCAUCGCCACGGUUACCUUUCUUAAAGCCCUUCUGCUGACCGUGAGCGAUGGAGCGCACUUGGCUGUCCUCGGAAACGUUCCGAGGGAGGGAGUAACCUCGGUGGCGUCUGGCAUCUGGUGCGACACACAAUCAAGGCGCCCCCCCUGAAGACCACUCGACGUAUGGCAGCGGGACGUCAACGCGUCGCGUGGUGAAUGCGUGACACGCGCGAGUACCGCGAGUGUGUGACUUUGAAUGACACCCUCUGUAGACUGCGGUCGUGUCAUAAUGCGUGGUGGCGGGGAGACCCCCGGGCCCGUGUCUGCCCUCGGACAGACGGACAGACACAGGACGGACAGGCUGGGAUGCGUAUCCAUGGACACCAGCGGUUGUAGCCCUUUCCCCCUGUGCUGGGAUAGAGGAGAAUAUGACCGACACCUAGGGGCGGUAUCGUCAGGGAAGACCAUGGCGACGGCCUACCUGGAGCCCAGCCUCAACCGCGCCCUGCUGGCCGACGCCAAGUCCCGGCUGAGCGCGGGGGUGUCGGAGCGCGCCAUCGCGGGCGCCUCGGUGGAGAGGGUGCUGAAAGUCUUCCACCACUUUGAGUCCAACACGGACGUGCACAGCAGCUGGUCGUCCAACAUUCGAUACGGAGACGCCACCGAUGUCCGGGGAAUCAUCCAGAAGAUUCUGGACAUCCACAAAGUGCGCUGGACGGCCUGCUUCGGCCUGCGCCUCACCAACAGCCAAUCAGCAGACGAGGUCCACUGGCUCCACCCAGAUCUGGGCGUGUCCCACGUCAGAGAGAACUACGAACAGCCACAGCCGCAGGAAGAGUGGAGAUAUGAGCUGAGGAUCAGAUACCUCCCCAAGGGCUUUCUGCAGCAGUUCACUGAAGACAAGACGACACUCAAUUACUUCUACCAACAGGUGAAGAACGACUACAUGACAGAGAAAGGGGAUCAGGUGGACCAGGAUGUAGCACUGAAGCUGGGCUGUCUGGAGAUCAGGAGGUUCUUCCGAGAGAUGAGGGGAAAUGCUCUGGAUAAGAAGUCCAACUAUGAGCUACUGGAAAAGGACGUGGGUUUGAGGCGUUUCUUUCCCAAGAAUCUGCUGGAUUCGGUCAAGGCCAAGACCCUUCGUAAGUUGAUCCAGCAGACGUUCAAGCAGGUGGCCAACCUCAACGACGAGCAGAGCAUCAUGAAGUUCCUCGAGAUCCUGUCUCCUGUCUACCGCUAUGACAAGGAGUGCUUCAAAUGCGCCCUGGGGCUCAGCUGGGUGAUCCAGGUGGAGCUCGCCAUCGGGCCGGAGGAGGGCAUCAGCUACCUCACCGACAAGGGCUCUACGCCGACCCAUCUGGCGAACUUCACUCAGGUCCAGUCCAUCCAGUACUCUGCAAUGGAGGAGAAGGACCGCAAGGGCAUGUUGCAGGUCAACGUGGCAGGAGCUGCUGAGCCUCUCACAGUGACGACGGCAUCGCUGACGAUGGCAGAAAACAUGGCGGACUUGAUCGAUGGCUACUGUCGGCUUGUCUCCAUGGAAACCCAUUCCUUCAUCGUUAGGGUCCAGAAAGAGGGCGAGAGAGCACUACCUUCCAUCCCAAAGCUGUCCAACAGUGAGAAGAAACUCGAGGCGGUGAAAAGUGGAGUGAGAACCAUCUCAGUCUCCGACUUGGGGACCUCAGCUCCCUCUAAGCCAACCAAAGCGCGGCGUUUCCACCUCCCAUUUGUCUUCUGUUCCGAUUCGCCACCCAAGGAGGAUCUGAGUGGGGACGAAACUGAUGACUACGCUGAGAUAGUUGAUGAGGAGGACACCUACACCAUGCCCUCAAUGGGCUAUGGCGUAGUCGAAGCACGGGACUAUGAGAUCCAGCGGGACCGGAUUGAGCUGGGGCGCUGCAUCGGAGAGGGCCAGUUUGGGGACGUCCACCAGGGGGUCUACAACAGCGCGGACGAUCCGAACCUGUCAGUAGCCAUUAAGACCUGCAAGAACUGUACAUCGGACAGUGUCCGAGAGAAGUUUCUACAGGAAGCAUUGACAAUGCGCCAGUUUGACCACCCUAACAUAGUGAAGCUGAUCGGAGUGAUAACGGAGAACCCAGUGUGGAUCAUCAUGGAGCUGUGCACCCUUGGAGAGCUGCGCUCCUUCCUCCAGGUGAGGAAGUACAGUCUGGACCUAGCCAGCCUCAUCCUGUUCUCCUACCAGCUCAGCACGGCCCUAGCCUACCUGGAGAGCAAGCGCUUUGUGCACAGGGACAUCGCGGCCCGCAACGUGCUGGUCUCCUCCAUGGACUGUGUGAUGCUGGGGGACUUCGGCCUGUCGCGCUACAUGGAGGACAGCUCCUACUACAAAGCGUCGAAAGGUAAACUACCUAUUAAGUGGAUGGCUCCGGAAUCCAUCAACUUCCGACGAUUCACCUCCGCCAGCGAUGUCUGGAUGUUUGGCGUGUGCAUGUGGGAGAUCCUGAUGUACGGCAUCAAGCCUUUCCAGGGAGUGAAGAACAACGACGUGAUUGGCCGGAUUGAAAACGGCGAGCGAUUGGCUAUGCCGCCCCAGUGCCCGCCCACCCUGUACAGUCUGAUGACCAAGUGUUGGUCGUACGACCCCAGCAAGAGGCCCAGGUUUACCGAACUCAAAACACAGCUCAGCACCAUCCUGGAGGAGGAGAAGCAGCAGAUGGAGGAGCGGCAGCGGAUGGAGAUGAGGCGGCAGGUCAACGUGUCCUGGGACUCGGGAGGCUCAGAGGACGCCCCGCCCAAGCCUAGCAGGCCAGGUUAUCCGAGUCCACGCUCCAGUGAGGGAUUCUUCACCAGCCCCCAACACAACCAUUACCCGGCCUCAGCCCACUGUGGUGUUGGAGGGGUGGAGGGAGGCUUCCCUCCCCAUGACGCAUGGAGCACUCAGCACAGACCAGAGCACACUGCCAUGUGGAACGUCAACAUGGAGGAGGGCGGGUGUGGUGGUCAUGUUUUGAUGGAGGAGAGGCUGAUGAUGCAGCAGCAGCAGAUGGAGGACGACCAGAGAUGGCUGGAGCAGGAGGAGGGCAUGAUGAAGGCUGAGGCCAGAAACAGCAGAGGAAGCAUCGACAGAGAGGAUGGAACGCUGCAAACUCCGGGAGGGAGCCAACACAUAUACCAGCCAGUUGGAAAGCCAGAACUAACCGCCGCCCCCCCGAAGAAGCCCCCCCGGCCUGGAGCCCCCUGUCACCUUGGCAACCUGCCCCUCCUCAACCCUGUGGACAGCUACAACGAGGGGGUCAAGCCGUGGAGGUUGCAGCCCCAGGAGAUCAGCCCGCCCCCGACGGCCGACCUGGACCGGUCCAACGACCGGGUGUAUGAGAACGUGACGGGACUGGUGAAGGCAGUCAUAGAGAUGUCCUAUAGGAUCCAGCCCGCCGCCCCAGAGGAGUAUGUUGCCAUGGUGAAGGAGGUGGGUUUAGCAUUGAGGACCCUACUUGCAACAGUGGACGAGACGAUUCCUGAGUUGCCAGCCAGUACACACAGAGAAAUCGAGAUGGCCCAGAAGUUGUUGAACUCUGACCUGUCUGAGUUGAUCGGGAAACUGAAACUCGCCCAGCAGUAUGUGAUGACAAGCUUACAAAAGGAGUACAAGAAACAGAUGCUGACUGCUGCUCACGCACUCGCAGUCGACGCCAAGAACCUUCUGGAUGUCAUCGACCAAUCACGGCUCAAGAUGAUCUCCCAGGCCCGCCCACACUAGCCUGCUCGCCAAUGUGGGACAAGGGGAUCAAAUAAAGGCCAGUCCAGGUUCGAAGAAGGAGAAGAAAGAUGGAGUUGGGGCCUGUUGCUAUGGAACCUGAUGGGUGAAAGCCAAUCACAGAGGGCAAGAUGAAUGGAUGGCUUGCAGGACAUAUAUGGAAUGAAUGACAAAUCAGUGAAUGAAUGGAUGACUCUGAAGAAGGAUAAGGACACAGAUGUGAAGACCAGUGAUGGAGGAUCAAUGGGAUGUACAUGAAGGAAUGAAAACACCAAUCAGACCUGAUCAACCAGCGUCACUCUCUCUCUCUCUCUCUAGCUCUCUUCAAGGCACUAUCCUACAAGAGAACCCCCAGCCAUAGCAGCUCAUGGUUUGUGUCUCCAUAGCUAGAUCUACAUUUUGUUCUUAUCUUGCAUUAUUUUACUUUUGAAGCUCUGUAUUGGAAGCAGAAGAGGAUAGAAAAAGUUUCUCUUUUACUACAUUCUUUUCCAGGAUCCUCAUUUGUUUUGUCUCUUGCUUCUCGAAAUGCCUAUUAGUGAUUUUUAUAGGGUCUACCUAAGCAGGCUACAAACGUAUACUACUGUCCCCCUCACAUCCACACCCCCUGCAGAGAUAAAGACUCUUGUAACGACUGAAGGAUAAUGACUGAAUGGUAAUGGUCUUAUAGUGCACAGCUUCACCGGGACGUCAUACUCACAACAAGUCAGGAAGAGACGAAGAAGACGGACGGACGCUACAACAGAACACAUCCGACAGAACGCCAUGACAACUGGAACUCCUCUGAAUUCACCAUCAGCGGGUGGUCAACGAGAUGACAAUAACGACGCCUUCAAUGUGUUUCUUGUUAUUAUCAGUAAUUAUUAUUGUUUAUUUGAAUCUUGUCUCGCCGCUACUUACUUACUGUAUUGUUUUCCGGCUAACUGCCGUUCUAAUCAUUUAUGGUCACUAAAAAAAGUGUAUUGGGUAACCAUUGUUGAUAUAUAUAGAUAAUGAUAGGUUUAUCCUUUUUUUCUGAGUGUGUGUGUGUCCCCACAUACACUAUCAGUGGUCUAUAUCUCAGGCACCUGGACAGUGAACAAAAGAUUUUUAAUGGCCUAUCUUUCUUGAUUCGUAUUGCGAAGACAAGACAUUGUUGCUAAACCGCUUAGUAAACACACAAAGAAGUUCUCUAUUUUUAACAAUUCCCUGGGUCAUGGAUGGUUACUGUGGAGUGGAGAGUGCAGGUGAUGAUGGGGUCCACGAUUAAUUUAGGUUUUUCACCCGUUACUAUGCAUGUUUAAACCCUGAUUUGUGAUUUCUCUGACCUUGGUCUUGUGAGGAGCCAGAGGAGGGAAUAAAAACGGACGCUAAAUUCAGUUCUGGUGCUGACAUCCAACGAACUUGAGAACAGUGUUCCCCUAGUGGCUCGAUUUUUUAUUACACGUGUCAUGACAAAUGCUGGGGGGGGGGAAAAAUAAUUGUAAUAUAUGGUGGAUAUUGUCCUUUUUUUAACGUGGUAAUUUGAAGUGAAGUGUGUUGUUGCACCAGUAGUGUUGUUGCUGAUUCCAAUUUCCUGUACACACUCUCUCUCACACACACACACACACACAUACACACACACACACACACACACACACACACACACACACACACACACACACACACACACACACACACACACACACACACACACACACACACACACACACACACACUCUCUCUAACUACAGCAGGCCCCCGGUCUGUCUGAAAGCUUAUACCCAACUCUACACCGAAGGCACCUUGACUCUCAACACGACCACCAAAAUUAUACUAUUUCCUCCAUGCCAAUUUCACUUCAGUGUUUCAUAAAACUGACGCAGGCCCCUAAUUUAUUAAGAUUGAUCCCUUUAUUCAAAAUUGUAAUAUCCAACAAACCAAUGAACUAUACUUUUUUAAUACAUAUAUAUAUAUUAUUCCUCUCCCCAUCGUUUUAUUAUGGCCCUCUACUUAUUCUUUUCAUUUCUACUUCUGUUCAUCCUUCUCUUCUCUCUGUUUCUCUGUCUUCCCUCUCGCCAUCUUUCCAUGACCCACACCCUCACUCUCUCUCUGGGGCAGGUAGGAUACUCAGGAAGGAGUUACAUGUACAGUUUUUAAACCAAGCCAAUAAAAAAACAGUUAUAAUAUUAAA